AUGUGUUUAGCUGUUGCAGAAUCGGCAACUAAACAGCUGCUGGAAAAAGCAAAGAAAGCAUAUGAACUCCUCGAGAUAAAGGAGAAGAGAUAUGAGAAACUGAACAAGGAGGUGGGGACUGGGUUGGAAUUCAGGGGGGCUAGAUUUGAACUGCCUAUCGACUGGCACACGCUCGAAGAGAUGACAAUUGCGCAGUAUCUGGACAAACGUUGCUUUCCUGAUGAGCACUUUUUCAACAACAUGAAACUUCGUUUCAAAAAAGCGGCUCUUCAGAAACAGAACCAAAUCACGCUACAGGAAUGCAAGAAAGCUUGGUUUGACAUUUUUGGGGCUAAAAUAGACGACCAAUUCUUUGAAGACUUUAUUCGGUUCGUGCAAUUAGACGAAGAUUCUCGCUGCCGAUUUCUGAUGAACCCAGGAGAUCAAGAACCCCCCUGGGAAAUGAAUAAAAACAAUGAGUUCGUAAUGGGGGAGGAGCUAUUCUGCAAAUUGACAGCUGUUGUCAAAAGAUUGUUAUAUGUCUCAUUCAAGAGAGCCUCUUGGUACAACGCAUACGGAUCUCCCAUCUGGGAUCCCCAGGAACAACUGGAACGGAACUACAUUGAAGUGUGCGACUUCGCGAACAUGCCCAGAAAACUAGAAAAGUACAAUUUGGACUCGAACUUCAAAACAUUUCUGCUGACUCUUUAUGAGCCAAUCAAAAAUUGCCCCUUUUCUCUGGAGAGGAGCAUUUAUAGAGACAUUACUGGCCAUCAUAAAGAAGAAGAAAAUGAAUAUAACGAAAGAACGCAAGAAAACGAGCCAUCAAAACUCAAAGUAUGA